AUGAAUAGUUUUGAGAGGGAACUUGUAAGAAGACACGAUCGGCAACAAAAAAUGAAUAGGUCAACUGUUGCAAAGCAGUCGACAUUAGUAGAGGAGGAAAUUAAAGAAUAUAGUGAAAACGAGGAAGAACAGAUAGGGGAGAAACAAUCACAGGAAGAAGAAGUAGACAACAUUAAAGAAGGAUGGCAGAGUAUCGAAGAAAGUGUGCUGGCGACAAUCUUCCUGGAUGAAUAUCAGGAUGGGGAGAUCAUAAACAACAAAAAAAGGAAAGCUGAAAGCAUAGAGAGGAUAAAUGACCUCAAGAGGGAAAGGCUGGAGGAGACCAUACGGUUUCCAAAUGAAUCCAAACAAGAAAAAAUAAAUAGGAAAUUGGAGGAAUUAAAUGCAAAACUCGAAGAAAUGUUCAAUAAAUUAAGCGAGCAGCUUAAAGAAAAGGUGGAGAUGGACACCGAUGUAAAAAAAUUGAUAGGGAUUAUAAAAUCCACCAACAACGAAAAGGAGGAGGAUAGUACAAACAAAAAAACAUCAAACGAAUUAAAAUGUGACCACUGUAAAUUAAAAGUGGAGCAAGAGAGGCAGAAACAAGAACAAGAAAAAAUCAAAAGGGCCUUAAAUAUGGGGAGAGGGAAAAAACUUUUAUGA